UCAGGUGACUGAUCUAACAUCGGAUGCUGAGCUUGUCACUGAGACAACCGACUGUAACUGGUAGACCGGCGGAUGACCGACAACAACAGUUGACUACACACUCUACACUGCUUACAUGCCAGCUAAUAAUAUUCACUAUAGUAACGUUACAUGGUCCAUGUCUUGAUUUUGGGCUCAGCAGACUGUUUCGGGUUCGGAAAUAACAAACACGAAGCAGCCAAAGCUCACCGGUCAACGAAAAGCGAGCAGUGCGUGACAACAAGAGAGAAAGACUAGCCUUUCCAAGUCGGACAUCAUCACAAUUCUCAACCAAGAGGUCGUAAUCACUUGAAUGCGAAGAUGACAGACGCGGUCGUGGACGGUAAAUUGGAGGUGGUGAAACAGGCAACGAAAUAUGUAAAAGAGACCGAGAACGUCGCGGAAAAAUAUUCAGCGAUGACGGUUAGCAAGAACAGCGACAUGAACAUGAAUGUGGGUGAAUUGCAGUCCGCCGCAUUCACUGCGGUGCCCACUCUCAAAUCUGUCAAGAAGAUCCAGUUUGCUAACGCGGAAGAUAAACAGGAGUUUCAGAAGUACCCCACUAAGGCCGGCCGGCGCUCCCUCUCUCGCUCCAUCUCCCAGUCCUCCACAGAUAGCUACAGCUCAGCUGCGUCCUACUCAGACAGCUCAGACGACGAGACCUCUCCUCGGGACAAGACCCAGGCCAACUCCAAGGGCAGCAGCGACUUCUGCGUUAAGAACGUCAAACAGGCAGAGUUCGGCAGACGGGAGAUCGAGAUCGCAGAGCAAGAUAUGUCAGCCCUGAUCUCGCUGAGGAAGAGAGCCCAGGGGGAGAAGCCUCUAGCUGGGGCGAAGAUAGUGGGCUGCACCCACAUCACAGCUCAGACUGCAGUUCUGAUAGAGACCCUGGUAGCUCUGGGAGCUCAGUGUCGUUGGACAGCCUGUAACAUUUACUCUACUCAGAACGAGGUGGCUGCUGCCCUGGCAGAGACUGGUGUGCCUGUGUUUGCGUGGAAGGGCGAGUCAGAGGAUGACUUUUGGUGGUGCAUCGACCGCUGUGUCAACACGGAAGGCUGGCAGGCCAACAUGAUCUUGGAUGACGGAGGGGAUCUGACCCACUGGGUUUAUAAGAAGUACCCCAGCGUGUUUAAGAAGGCUCAGGGCAUCGUGGAGGAGAGUGUCACUGGAGUCCACAGGUUGUACCAGCUGUCCAAGGCAGGCAAGCUGUGUGUCCCGGCCAUGAAUGUGAACGACUCUGUUACCAAGCAGAAGUUUGACAACCUCUACUGCUGCAGAGAGUCCAUCCUGGACGGUUUGAAGAGGACCACUGAUGUGAUGUUUGGGGGGAAACAGGUGGUGGUGUGUGGUUAUGGAGAGGUGGGGAAGGGUUGCUGUUCUGCUCUGAAGGCCCUGGGAGCCAUCGUCUGCAUCACAGAGAUAGAUCCCAUCUGUGCCCUGCAGGGCUGCAUGGAUGGGUUCAGGGUGGUGAAGCUGAAUGAAGUCAUUCGUCAGAUGGAUCUGGUGAUAACCUGCACAGGCAAUAAGAACGUGGUGACCAGAGAGCAGCUGGACCGGAUGAAGAACGGCUGUAUAGUCUGCAACAUGGGACAUUCCAAUACUGAGAUUGAUGUGGCCAGCCUGCGGAGUCCGGAGCUUACCUGGGAGAGGGUGCGUUCUCAAGUGGACCAUGUUAUCUGGCCCGAUGGCAAGAGGGUUGUCCUGCUGGCUGAGGGUCGUCUUUUGAAUCUGAGCUGUUCUACAGUACCUACGUUUGUCCUGUCUAUCACAGCCACUACUCAGGCCCUGGCUCUGAUUGAGCUGUUCAAUGCUCCUGAGGGACGCUACAAACAGGAUGUCUAUCUGCUGCCUAAAAAGAUGGAUGAGUAUGUGGCCAGCUUGCAUCUGUCCAAUUUUGACGCCCACCUGACAGAGUUGUCUGAUGAGCAGGCAAAGUACAUGGGUCUGAACAAGAACGGCCCCUUCAAACCCAACUACUACAGGUAUUGACAGGAAUGGACAAUGCAGUGACCUGCAACCAACAUCUGGGGAGAAAAAAAAAAACAAGUUUAUUUCUCUAUUUUAUUUUCAAAAUUGUUACAAAAGGGAAGAAAUAAGAAUUAUUUUGCUUUUAUGCUGAAUCUAAACUGUAUUAUUAACACAGUCAGGCAUGAUAAUAAUAAUAAUAAUAAUAACAUAUCAAACUUGUCUGUUAGGUAUAUGAAUCAAUUCAUGCAUUUCAAUCAUAUGAAACAAGAGCAGAAACCAAUAUGUAUGUUCCAAAUGGCACCCUAUUCCCUAUAUAGUGCACUACUUUUGACCAGAUCCCUAUGGACCCCUAUUCCUUAUAUAGUGCACUACUUUAGACCAGAGCCCUAUAGGCCAGGGUCAAAAGUAGUGCACCAACUAGAGUAAAAGGUUCCAUUUGGGACGCACACCAAGAGAAGUAACCAUAAACCAAAAAAACGUCAGUCAUAUAUUUAAAAAAAGUCUGUUUGCAUGAUUUUAUCUUUAAAAUGAUUCAUUAAUUGUUGCUAACGCUAAUUGUUGCUAAAUCACAAUGUUUAUCAGUGGCGGCUGGUGGGAGGAGCUAUAGGAGGAGGGGCUCAUUGUAAUGGUUGGAAUGGAAUCCACGUAACGGUAUAAAACACAUCAAACAUAUGGUAACCACGUUAGACUCCGUUCCAUUAGUUCCGUUCCGGUCAUUACAAUGAUCCCGUCCUCCUAUAGCUCCUCCCACCAGCCCCCACUGAUGUUUAUUCAUGGUUAAUUGUCAAUGUACUGUAGUUUUAUCUGCUCCUGAAAGUAAUAUGAUGGUGCCAAAUUAUUGGCCGUACUGUUAGAGAGGAGAAUGAGAGGGAUAUGUUUCCACACACACACACACACACACACACACACACACACACACACACACACACACACACACAUUGUCAGCGCACUGACAUCUUAAAUAAAGUACAUUCCAUGAGCCAGAAUUGGUGUUGUGAGCCCUUUUUUAUGUCUAAUACGGUAUUUGACAAGUGUUUCAUAACUGCAACAAAGCCUUGAUGAAAGUCGCUGACUGGUAUCUGCAUACAUACCUUCCAUUAAUGCCAGAGUGUGAAUAUGCCUUCUGAGCCGUUUGCUUAUCAGUUACCUUCAACAUUCAGUUCAACUCAUUUGUUAGGAGUUCAUAUAUUUGAAAAAUUCCAAGAUUUUAGAUUUGAGAUUAUUUUUGAGUUCUAGAAGAGGUAUUAGUCUGUUGGCCUACAGUGACCUACUAUAUAUAUAUAUAUUCGUUUUUUUCUGCUUCUGUUCAUUGUUAAAUAAGUUAUAUGUCAACAUAUGAUAAGGUACACUUCAUAUGUUCGCCUUAGACUAUUUCUGUUCCAUGUCCUUAUACUUCUCUUGUGAUUGUUGUAUGUAUUAGAUAUCAGCAAUAAACUCAUCCUAUAUACUAAAUAAAAACAUACAAUUUG